AUGCCUCUCCAGCUCCUCCUCUCCGCUCCCGCCCUCCACUCCUCCUCCCCUCCCCACUCCCCCGGGGUCCACGCUCGGCAGCGAUCGGUUCUGCCGAGUCUGGGCUCACGUCUCCUCUGCGCGCCUUUGCUCCCCACUCCGCAGAUCCGGAGGCUUCUGGAGACCGUGGGUUGACGCACGAGGAAAGCAGGAGGAGGAGGCCCCGCACCACGCCGAGGAGGUGAUGCCCGGGAUGACCGAAGCCUCUGGAAAGCUUUCGCGAUACAGGCACCCAGUCAGACUAUUUUGGCCAAAAUCAAAGUGUUAUGAUUACUUAUAUCAAGAAGCAGAAGCUCUUCUGAAAACUUUUCCAAUUCAAGCCACAAUUUCAUUUUAUGAAGAUUCUGAUAGUGAAGAUGAAAUUGAGGAACUGGUACCUCUAAAACAGGGCAGAAGUCUUAUGGAUUGGAUUAGACUGACCAAAAGUGGAAAGGACUUAACAGGAUUAAAAGGCAGGUUAAUUGAAGUAACUGAAGAAGAACUUAAAAAACACAACAAAAAAGAUGAUUGUUGGAUAUGCAUAAGAGGGUUUAUUUACAAUGUUAGCCCAUAUAUGGAGUAUCAUCCUGGUGGAGAAGAUGAAUUAAUGAAAGCAGCAGGCUCAGAUGGAACAGACCUUUUUGAUCAGGUUCAUCGUUGGGUCAAUUAUGAAUCCAUGCUGAAAGAAUGCCUGGUCGGCAGGAUGGCAGUGAAACCUGCUGUUCCCAAAGACUAUCAUGAGGAAAAGAAAGUCUUAAAUGGCAUGCUUCCCAAGAGCCAAGUGCCAGAUGCACUUGCCAAAGAAGGCCCGGUUUCUCCAAGCUAUGACUGGUUCCAAACAGACUCUUUAGUCACCAUUGUCAUAUAUACUAAACAGAAGGAUGUCAAUUUAGACUCAGUAAUAGUUGAUCAUCAGUAUGAUUCCUUUAGAGCAGAAACUAUCAUCAAGGAUUAUUCAUAUCUUAUACAUAUUGAGCUAAGCCAUGCGAUUCAAGAAGAUUUUUCUGUGCGGGUUGUUGCAAAUGUGGGAAAGAUAGAGAUUGUCCUAAAGAAAAAAGAGAAUACUUCUUGGGAAUGUCUUGGUCAUCCCCUGGAGAAUCAUAAUUCACUUAUUCCAAAGAAAGAUACAGGUUUGUACUACAGAAGGUGCCAGUUAAUUUCCAAGGAAGAUGCCACUCAUGAUACGAAGCUUUUCUGCUUGAUGCUGCCACCAAGCACUCACCUUCAGGUGCCAAUUGGGCAACAUGUUUACCUCAAGCUAACUAUUGCAGGUACUGAAAUAGUGAAGCCAUAUACACCUGUAUCUGCUUCCUUACUCUCAGAGUUUAAGGAACCAGUUAUUCCCAAUAAUAAAUACAUCUACUUUCUGAUCAAAAUCUAUCCUGCUGGACUCUUUACACCAGAGCUUGAUCAUCUUCAGAUUGGAGAUUUUGUUUCCGUAAGCAAUCCUGAAGGCAAUUUUAAAAUAUCCCAGUUCCAAGAAUUGGAAGAUCUCUUUUUAUUGGCAGCUGGAACAGGCUUCACACCAAUGGUUAAAAUACUGAAUUAUGCUUUGACCAAUAUAUCCAGUCUCAGGAAGGUGAAGCUGAUGUUCUUCAAUAAAACAGAGGAUGAUAUAAUUUGGAGAAGCCAAUUGGAGAAAUUAGCAUUUAAAGAUAAAAGAUUUGAUGUUGAAUUUGUUCUCUCAAAACCUACUUCUGAAUGGAAUGGGAAAAGGGGACACAUUUCAUUAGAUCUUCUUUCUGAAUUUUUGAAAAGAAGUUCAGACAAAUCCAAAGUUCUCAUCUGCAUUUGUGGACCAAUGCCAUUUACAGAACAAGGAAUGAGGAUGCUGCAUGAUCUUAACUUUUCCAAAGAUGAGAUCCAUGGUUUUACUGCAUAAUGAAGAGCUGUCAUCUUUUACUCAACUGUUUUAUCUAAAUUUGUGAUGGCUUAGGGUUUUUUUAAGACAACAUUUUUGUAUAUACUAAGAGGUUAACCGGACUCCAGGCUUGUUUCUUAAAUGAAAUCACUAUGGAAAACCUGUUGACUUUAUUUUAUACCAUAACUUAUUUUACUACUGAUAUUUGACCUGGAAAGUCAAUCAUGACAACAAACACAUGCAGGUUGUUUGUUAUGAGUCACAAGGUUUCUUACCGUUUAAAUUGUCUCACUGUUCUACGAUGAGCUCUUGUGUUUUAUGACAUGAUAAAGUAAAUGAUCAUUUGGAUCAUGUUUCUAUGCUGUAAAAUGUCUUAGCAAUACAGACUAAAUUUUACAUUGCACUGUUAACUCAGGAAAUGAUCAUUUAUGUUAUUGUUAUUAAUAUUAAAACAUGGAAUGUUAUACCUUAUUAAGUGA